AUGGAAUCAACGGAUAUCCAGCCCGUAAAAGCCUGGCUCCUCCCCGUUCUACGUCCGUUUAAAUCCACCGGACAUAACUCUCAAACCGGACGGACGCCCGGAAGCCAACACAGGCGGUCCUUUACCCGAAGUCCAGUCAAAACCCCAACGCCGAAUCCACGGGUGGUGAGGUUUGAACACCAGCAGAGUCAGUUGGCCCGCGCCAUCCAUCCGAAGCUGCCGAUCGAUCGCGGAGCGGAGGAGGAGGAGGAGGAGCGUGGAGACGAUGGAGGCAGCGAUCGAGAGUCGGGACCGGAGGCAGCGAGUGACCGACCACCGUAA